AUGGACCCGCAGACGGGGCUGUCCAGGGCGCUCUUGCUCCUUCUGUUCUUGCACCUGAUGCCGCUAGGAGGUCGUUCCCACCCGCUGGGUGGUCCUAGCCCAGGGCCCCCCUUGAAACUGUCCAGAGUCCAGGAGCUGCGGGACCAUCUUCCGGGCACAGUUGGGGAGUGGCAGGAGGAGCAGACCACCCCGGAGCCCCUCCAGCAAGGACGCAGUUCUAAAGCAGCCGGGGCGGCCAGGCAGGCAGCUUCUGCUGCCGGCCUUGGGCCCCGUGACCAUGUCCUCCAGAGCCCCAAGAGGAUGCGUGACUCGGGCUGCUUCGGGGGCAGGAUGGACCGAAUCGGCUCCUCCACUGGCCUGGGCUGCAAUGUGCUGAAGAGGCAUUAGGAGCAAGUCCUGGCCGCAGAGAUCUACGCCCGACUCCCGAUCGACCCCCUGGUCCCCAUCGGCUCCCUGGUCCCCUUUGAAGCAACUCCUAUUUAUUUAUUAUUUCUUAAUUUAUUGGAUUGUUUUAUAUAAGACGGUUCUUACCUUUGAGCCCUAAUUUUCCAUGAUGAGGUAAAGUCCACAUUAAAGCUUUUU